UAAUAAACCUUGCAGUAUUUUGUUGGUUAUGUUAACGAAUACAGUUAUUUAUUAAUUCACAAUGAAUGAUAAGAAUAUUUUUAACUUUUGUAAACAAGCAGGAUGCUGUGACACAUGCAGUUUGAGAUACUUGGGAUUGAAAAGCCCUACCUUUUACGAAGAUAUUAAAAAAUCUGCUCAAAGGUAUAAAGAUGAAAAGACAGAAGUCUUAGAUAGUGAAAAGCCUCCAGAUGAUUCUAAUAAAGAGACAACAGACGACUGUGACAGUCCACCUCCAGCUAAGAAGUUAAAACCAAACUUAUGUGUGGUAUGCCUUGGUAUCCUACAGGAAGAAACAUGGAAUGACAGCUUUAAUAUGGUCAAAGAGGUCCUGGAGAGGAAAAAAUAUACAAGUAACACAUUUGCAUGUGCGUUGUCUUCACCAAUAGCAACUAUACUCCGUGAGAAGGCUAUGGCAUUGCGUCUUGAAAAAGAAAUACUAGAUUACUAUAGCAAUAUCGUGACACCUUUAAAAGAAGCAUGGAAAUGGUCUUUUGGUACUAAAUUAGCACCAGUUAUUGACAAGAAAUUGGACUCUGGUGCAGUGUCGCCAUUGUUGAUUACAUUUAGUUACGACUAUUUAGAUGAUUUACAGGAAUUAGAAAUAUUAAAGAAAAUAGCAGCACCAUUGUUUGAAUCUCGCCGUCAGCAACAUAAACGCUUUGCCACCGAGUUCACAAGACGUGUUGUGGAGCAAGCACUACAGAAUGUCACAGUUGAUGCGCUUAAAGCGGCCAGCGAGAGUUGCUGCAUGGCACCUGUUGAUACAGCCGCUAAAUGUGUUAGUGUUGUUUGUACACAUUCACCUUUGUAUCUCGGAGGAAGAUAUAUAAAAUUAAGUCGCGACCUACCGCAGACUCCAUGGAUAUUGUCAGGAAAGAGAGUGAUGCCUUCUUCUGUUCAAGAGAUCAUUUUCCAGCCUAUUGCUGAUUUAUAUGGUAUGUCGGAAGCGGAGGCGGAGACGAGACUGAAGUUGAUAGCAGCAGGUCGCGAGGAUGUAGACGUGCGAUGUCUCGGACAAGGUCGACCUUUCGCUAUUGAGAUUACAGACCCUCAAAGGCAGUUAACAACGGAGGAACUGGAGAAAGCCUGCAAAUUGAUAAGCAGUGCCGGUGACGUCAUCGUCAGGACAUUAGUGCCCAUUGUUAAAGAUGAUUUGGCUCUGUUGAAGAAAGGUGAAGAGACUAAAACUAAAACUUACGAAGCUAUCUGUAUUAAACUCACACGUUCCGAAUUUGAUCAGAUGGAUCCAAAUGCCCCAAUAACAGUGACAGAUGUAGACUUAAAACGUAUAAAUACAUAUCGCAACACUCCUCUGAGUAACAAGGCCAGGAUAGAGAUAUCUCAGGCAACGCCAAUACGUGUGCUGCACAGGAGACCUCUGCUGACCAGGACACGGCAUAUCAUCGAUGUUCAUGCUACUAAAGUAUCAGGUUAUCCUCAGCUGUUGUUGUUGCGCGUGCACACGUCAGCGGGCACGUACGUGAAGGAAUGGGUGCACGGCGAGCUUGGCCGCACGCGUCCCGCGCUCGCGCACAUACUCGGCGCGCGCGCGGACUUGCUCGCGCUCGACGUCACCGCAGUAAACCUCGCCUGGCCACCAUACUAAUUAUACAUAUUCUACAUAUUUGUUACCGGUUUUUUUUAU